AAAUUUGUCAAAUUUUCAAAUAUGAAUAUGAAAUUAAUUUUAAUUGCUCUAAUAAUAUAGUACACGAGUAUUACUAUUAACGCAACAAUAAUGGAUUUUAGCGAUUCAGAAGACGAAUUAUAUCCAAUUAGAGUAUCUCAUUUCGAAGGAGCUUUAGUGUACAACGAUCCUCUACUUCUAUCAGGAGUACUUAGAGCAGUUGUAGAAGAAAAUGUCGAAAAAAUUAGAGAGCUAGUAUCGCAAGGUCACUCUUUAAAUAUCAACGAUAACAAUGGAAACACACCGUUGCACAUUGCAGUUUUAAAAAAUUGUUUACAGAUUGUUCAAUAUUUAGUCAAUCACGAAGAUGUUAGGAUAAAUACCAGAAAUUUUCAAGGCCAAACUGCGCUCUUUUGCGCAGUGAGAUUGGGUUACUACGAAUUGUCCAAACUCCUCAUAGAAAAAGGCGCAAACGUGAACUUACCGGACAAUGAAGAAGUCACCCCCUUGCACAAAUCCGUACAAUUCCCAGAUAUUGCCCACUUAUUGAUUAAGAACGGAGCCAACAUCAACGUUGUCGAUUACAGCGAUGACACUCCGUUACAUGACGCUGUAGCGGAAAAAUGUUUAGAAACCGUUUGUAUGUUAUUAUAUUACGGUGCUGACGCUAACGCCUUAGGAGGAAACCAUUUAACGCCUUUUAUGAAAGCCUUGAUAACCGAAUCCUUCGAACUCCAACAAGUUUUGUUCGAUUACGUCGAUGACUUCAACGUUACUACCCUCGAUGAUUGCAGCACUUUAACUUUAGCUUUAACGCACGAUACUCCUUACGUGAACGAGAUUAUAGAAAGAGGCGCCGAGGUGAAUGUAUUCGCUUAUUUAGCUUGCAUCAAUAUUCCCGAUGAAGACAAUUUUAAAUUAAUAUGGAACCGGCUUACAGAAGUCGAUGUCGAAGAUGAUAAUAUUAAUCUAAUGUUUCUUUUCUACGAAUUAGAUAAGGAAGACUUUAACAAAUACAUCGAUAUAAUUACAGAAAGUACGAAUAGUAAUGUAUUGGAAGUACUAGCGCAAAAAACGAAGAGCAGCGAUUUGGCUUCUUUAAUAGAGAAAACGGCUAAUAACUUUUUAUCAACCGAACAAAUUACAAAAUUAACUUUGUUGUGGUUGGAGUACGGAUUUAAAUUAGGAUCCGAUGUUAUCGUUGAAGUUUUUAUGAACAUGGGUUAUUGUGAGUUGUUUAAAAUCCUGCUGUUCAUGGAUUACACGGAAGCUUGGUCGCCUCUAACAAUAACGCCUAGAUUAAUUUUCGAUAUAAACAGUGAUGUAUUAACUAAAUGUAGCGAAUUGUUACACGAAGAGUAUGCUUUGAUAAAUCCAAGAAGGUUUAAACAAGAUUUUGUCGCUUCCCUUAGCUAUUGGAAAUGGGGUCACCGUUUAUUCGGAAGCACCAAUUUGGAUCAAUUUAGCGAUAUAAUAAGGAAUUUUUAUCAACAAGAAGUGGAAUUGAAGUCGAUGUUAUUAUCUGAAUCAUUAGUUCCUUCUUUAAUGGAAUUAGCCAGAGAUCAAACUCGGAAAUACAUAGUAGAUAGGCGCGAUUUGAAAAAUUCUAGUCAAUAUUACACGUUCGUUAAUCGUUUAGAUUUAUCAUCAGUUUAUAAAAAAAUUUUAUUGUUUGAAACGAAAAUUUAUAAAGCACCUUAUGAGAAAUAG